AUGUUCGCUCGAUACAAGCUCAUAGCGUCAAGUGACCAGGCUUCGGAACAUGGCCCACUUCCUCCCUCGACGCACAGACGACUGUACCCGACGAUAGCACUUGUAUUGCUUACAGUUGCCAAUGUCUGUGUAAUGGGCUUGUCUAUUGCCAUAUGGCGCACGGCGGGUGUGGCCGCCACGGUCACCCCGGAGGUUUCUUCCACACCCACCCCCACCAGCCUUGCAUUGCCCAACGCCCUCGAUCCACAACCCAGCGAACUUGCUAGGGUAGAUUCCCUUCCCAUCGCGUUCGUUCCCUUCCACUGGAAUACGCCAUGGGGUGCGCCCAAUGCUUCGGAUGCUGAUCCGCUGUGGGACAACAUCAACACUGCGCAUGGACAUAUCGCAGUGGACCAUGAGUUCGCAGCGGAGAAUCACUGGCCUCCCUCUAUGGACAUACCUGGAAUGCCUGGCAAAGGGAUGUAUCUUCUCCAAGCCUACCAUCAGCUUCACUGCCUCGUACGUCACACUCCUUUCUUCCAAUACUUUUACUUCGAUCUAUACAACUUUCUGACCAUCACAAUGUAG